CGGAAGCGCGCGCGCUGGCCCGAGCCCGCAGGGAGGGCUGGGCACAGGAGCUGGCUGUGCUGUGGCAGUGGCCCUGCUGUGUCCCCAGGAGCGUGGCCGCCAUGGAGAAGUGGAGCCUGAUGACAGUGACGGUGCUGCUGGCGCUCACCGUGCGCUGGGCCGUGUCCCUGGGCUCCUACUCAGGGGCAGGAAAACCACCCAUGUAUGGAGACUACGAGGCUCAGAGGCACUGGCAAGAGAUCACCUACAACCUACCCAUCAGGCAGUGGUACUUCAAUACAAGUGACAACAACCUGCUGUACUGGGGCCUGGAUUACCCACCUCUCACUGCCUAUCACAGUUUUGUGUGUGCUUACAUUGCAAAGUUAAUAAAUCCUGAUUGGGUUGCUCUGCACACAUCUCGGGGCUAUGAGAGCCAGCCCCAUAAGUUAUUUAUGCGUACAACAGUGUUUGUUGCUGAUCUGCUGGUUUAUAUCCCUGCAGUUAUUUUAUAUUGUUUUUCCUUGAAAGAAACAUCUGCUAAAAAAAAGGUUUCCAGUGCUCUCUGCAUCCUGCUUUACCCAGGCCUCAUCCUUAUUGACCAUGGGCACUUCCAAUACAACUCAGUGAGCCUCGGCUUGGCCCUGUGGGCUGUCCUUUGUUUGUCCCAUGACUGGGACCUCCUGGGCUCCAUGGCAUUUUGCUUGGCCUUAAACUAUAAGCAAAUGGAGCUCUACCAUUCCCUGCCCUUUUUUUGCUAUUUACUUGGAAAGUGCUUCAAGAAGGGACUGAAAGGAAAGGGGUUGGUGCUCUUGGCCAAACUGGCAGGGACAGUGCUGGUGUCCUUCGCUGCCUGCUGGCUCCCCUUCAGCACCGACGUGGAACAAAUCAUGCAAGUACUCAGAAGACUCUUUCCCAUUGACAGAGGCUUGUUUGAGGAUAAAGUAGCCAAUAUUUGGUGCAGUCUAAGUGUCCUUAUAAAGAUAAAGAAUGUAAUAUCUCCUCGAACUCAGCUAAAACUCAGUUUUGCUGUAACAUUCCUGAGCCUGCUCCCUGCCUGUAUCAAGCUCACUGUCCAGCCUUCCCUGCGAGGGUUUAAAUUUGCCUUGGUCAGCUGUGCCUUGUCAUUUUUCCUGUUCUCCUUUCAAGUCCAUGAAAAAUCUAUUCUUCUUGUGUCAGUCCCAGUCUGCUUAAUCAUAAAUGAAAUCCCCUUCAUGGCCACAUGGUUUCUACUUGUGUCAACUUUCAGCCUGCUGCCCCUGCUGCUGAAGGACGAGCUGCUGCUGCCCUACGCCGUCACCACGCCCGCCUUCCUGGCCGUGUGCCUGGCCUCCUUCUCCAUCCUGGAGAAGACCUCAGCCGAGGACCUACAGCUCAAGGCCUUUUCCCUUUCCCUCAAGGGUUAUGUGUCCUGGUUUAAGUCCUUUCCCAGGAUUGUCAGGAGCCUGUUCCUGCUGUCCCUGGCCCUGAUGGGAGUGCUGUCAGUGCUCAGUGCUGCCGUGCCUCCUCCCCAGCGCCUGCCCGAUCUGUUCCCCCUGGCCGUGGCCGUGGUGUCUUGCCUGCACUUCCUGCUCUUCCUGCUGUACUUUAAUGUGGUGAUUCUCUGGGACUCCAAGAAUAGAGGGCAGAAGAAAAUCAGUUAAUGAAGCUGAAGCUGCAGGACUGAGAGUGCUCGGUGAGAGGUGCCAGCACUGCAGAGGAACCUGUGUGUGAUGGACACAACUCGAGGAAAGCCAGGAAAAACCUUUUGCUUAUUUAAACACAAAACAAUCAAAGACUGUUUUAAAGGAGAAAUAUUUUGAAGAGCAUUGGGAAUGGGAUUUGAUUUGUUUUCUUUGGAAGUGUCAUACUUUUGUUACCAUUUGUAAACCUAAAAUGCUUAAUAAA